GUCCCUUAGAGGCAGAAUCUGGGUGGCAAGCAGCGAUGCAGACCCGUUUUUUGGCUGCAGUCCCGACUGCUAGGGCUAUAGACAACGAUCCUCAUGGACCUCUUUUUAGAUGGUUGAGCCAGUUUCAGAUUGUCUCGUUAGGACAUCCCGACGUUCAGUUGUCGGAGGCUCAGAUUGACCGGUCCCUAGAGGCAUAUAUUCUUUGGCUAUUCGGCAAGACAAUGUUUACGGAGAACCACGUGACCACUGUCGAUGCACGACUCAUCGGUAUUGCACGAGAGAUAGCUGACGCACGUUGCCCUGCGGAUAUUCUACAGAGGAGUUUUGGUUCUGCUGUGUUAGCGGCUACGUACAGAGGCCUGUGCAAAGCUUGCUUGUUGAAGUCUAGAAAAUCUAGUCUUGUUGGAUGUCCAUUAUUGUUGCAGCUUUGGUCAUACGAGAGGUUCCCUAUUGGACGACCCUAUGUCUACAUUGAUAAACCUUUUGGUUUGGAGGACUUAGCUGGGACUUAUGUGCCUGCUAUCGGCGACUUACCUACUAUGGGAUCUGUUUGGACACGGCGAGAGUUUGCGCAUACUCAGGUUAGGGGAUGCUACCCGUCCUUCAUGGCGCAGUUUGAUAGUUUGCACGAGGAUCAAGUUAUUUGGGAGCCAUACUCGCCUCAGGCUAUAUCAUCGAGGUACCCAGUUGGGAUUUCUGGAUUGUGCACUAGAGAUCGGCACUUUUGGAUGACCAAGGCCAAGUUGGUGUUCGACGUGACGGUUGAGGAGAUGUCUCUUCAUAGGGUGAUGAGACAGUUCGGUCUAUAUCAAGAGCCUGCGAUUCCAGAUAUUCCACACUUGCCAGACCACGUGCACAAGGACAGUCGCCUAGGAGGAAACAAGUCCAUGACUUAUUGGCUUGAGAGCAUUACCCCUUACGUUGACGAAUGGACUACCGCUGCGACAAAUAUCUGGGGUGAGGUUCGGCCCUUUAACUGGGAAAUGUUUGGGUUGUAUCUGCAGCGUUACCGGCAUACAACGAGGAUCUACUUGGUUCCAUCAGCUGCUACUGAUCAGAUCGAAGCCCCUCUCACCAGCGAUAUGUACCCAACUGCCUCUGUUGUGGGAACCAGACACCACGCGGUAAAUGCCUUGGUUCUCAUAUGUUAAGU